CGCGCCGUCGAUCUUUUGGCUCGUUACGAUAUGUCGGCUUUAAUCAACUCUGAUCUCCCUGGGCUCACACUGAUCUCCAAGGGAAAGGUCAGAGAUAUAUACAGUACCUCAUCGCCCGACCACCUCUUGUUUAUCGCGACCGACAGAAUAUCUGCAUACGAUGUUAUCUUAAGGAAUGGAAUACCAGACAAGGGCAAACUCCUCACUAAAAUCUCCCUCUUCUGGUUCUCGAAGCUAUCACAUAUUAUCUCGAACCAUUUCGUAACCGGUGAUAUCGAUGCCAUGCCCAAGGAGGUUUCGCCGUACAAGGAUCAACUCCAAGGACGUGCCAUGCUGGUGAAGAAGGCAAAGGUCAUACCAUUAGAGGCCAUCGUUCGGGGAUACCUGACAGGAUCUGCUUGGUCCGAGUACAAGAAAUCUGGGACCGUGCACGGAAUAAGUCUUCCUCCAAACAUGGUAGAAUCACAAAAAUUCCCAGAGCCACUGUUCACCCCGUCGACCAAGGCGGAGCAAGGCGCCCAUGACGAGAACAUCUCUCCCCAGCAAGCAUCGGAAUUGAUCGGCGAAUCCCUAUACAACCAGAUAUGUGAAGCAGCUAUAAAGCUGUACACAGAUGCCUCGGCCUACGCGUAUUCGAAAGGUAUCAUUCUUGCGGACACAAAGUUCGAAUUUGGCCUCGUUCCUGGACCCUCUGGAGACACACUCAUUCUAAUUGACGAGCUUCUGACGCCUGAUUCGUCUCGGUAUUGGCCCUUGGACGGUUAUAAAGUGGGUCGUUCCCAGCCAAGCUUUGACAAGCAAUACCUGCGAGACUGGCUUGUCGGCGCCGGGUUUCAGAAGGGCCUGGAAGAAGGGAAGGUCAAGGGGGAAGGGUGGUUCGUCGAAGACAGCGUUGUCGAAGGCACAAGGAAACGGUAUAAAGAGGUUGUCGAUCUUUUAAUAGGAUGAAUAGGGCAAUAGGCACCGGACAAGGUGAAAAAUUCUUUGUCCUGGAGUUACCUCUGCUUGUCAUGAAAGUUACCGAGUUUCCUCGAACCAAAUGUACACGAGAACAAGUACAUUAUUAUCUUGACACAUUUUGUA